CGAUCCGGUUACAACUAUGACGUCCAUCCCAUUAUUGAAUCCCAUUGCUGGCCAUUCUCGCAGGCGACAACAGGACAUAUUGUAGUGAUCGAGUACUUCAUACCCUCAGCCUACAUAUCAAACAUGUCGCAAGUGAAGUACAGCGAUCCGGGGCUGACCCUUAACACCGCCGCCACCAUCCCAUCCCUCGGACUCGGGGUCUACCAGCUCGAAGGAGAAGAAUGCAAAGAGCUCGUCUUACAAGCCUUGAAGACGGGGUAUAGGUUGAUCGAUACUGCGCAGUUCUAUAGGAAUGAGAAUGCCGUCGGACAGGCUGUACGCGAGUCAGGAAUCCCUAGAGAAGAGAUCUUCAUAACGACCAAAGUGCAAGCGGGAGCGCAUACGGUGGAAGGGUGUAAGAGAAAGGUGGAGAAGAGUUUGAGCGAUCUGGGUUUAGACUAUAUCGACCUCUUCCUCAUCCACGGCCCGCUCAUGGGCCCAGAAAAGCGAGUGGAUACGUGGAGCAACCUCGUCGACUUUAUGCACCGGUCCGAAGGGAAGAUAAGGGCCGUGGGGGUUAGUAAUUUCGGGAUCGCCCAUCUUGAGGCGUUGAGGGAGGAGGGAUUGGAGAUCCCUAGUGUGAAUCAGAUCGAGCUCCACCCGCACCUCCCUCAAACGCCCAUCGUCGACUACUGCAAAUCCAAAGGCAUCGUAAUCCAGGCUUAUUGUCCCUUGAUGAGGGGACAACAAAAUCAGGCGUCCCUAGGAGAAGGAGCGGGAUGGGCGGGGAAGGCUGGGUUUGGGUGGGAUCAUGAGGGAUUGAAGGGGGUGGCUGAGAAGGAGAACAUGACGAUAGGACAAGUGCUGCUGAAAUGGUCCAUUCAGAAAGGAUACUGCCCGCAAGCCAAGACGUCCUCCCCCACCCGUCUGAAAGAGAAUCUGGACGUCCUCCAUCUCCCGCCGCUGAGCGAGGAGAGCAUGAACGAGCUGGAGAAGAUGAAUCUGGAAGGUAGAGAGGAGGAGGUAGGGAGAUUGGCACUCGAGUGGAACCCGGUAGAUUGUCCGUGAGUUCCGUUGGGAUUUGAGACAAGUGGUCUGGGAGGCCUGGUGGUUGUCAAAUUCAAUCCAUCUUCAACUACACAUGAGGCAGCAACGUCUCGACUGCAAAAUGACUGAAUUGUCAUGAGGUACUACAAAACGUUCCAUGCCCACGCUGUUACCGUAAGAAGCAAGUCCCGUCGUUCG